UUGCCCAGUAGCAGCAGCACCACACAACCGUCUUGCAGAGGCUCCUGGUGGAACAUGACUAUCCUGCAGGUCCUGGUUGUCCUACAGCUGCUGGCUGUACCUGCCUUCACUCUAUCACACCCCAGCCAUGAUUACUGGGGAGAGUUUGGAGCCUAUGGGCCAUGCAGUCGCACCUGUGGCACAGGAGUGGCAAUGAGAACCAGGAAAUGUAUUACUUCAAGGACAGAUGGAGGACAUAACUGCGCCGGUUCAUCCAAGUCCUUCCGCACCUGUAAUACAAAGGAGUGUCCAAGAGGUGCCGUGGACUUCAGAGAAGAGCAGUGCGCCCAGUUUGAUAAUGUGGACUUCCAGGGCAAACGCUACUCAUGGGUGCCUUACUAUGGAGCAACCAACCCGUGUGAGCUGAACUGUGUCCCCAGAGGAGAGAACUUCUUCUACAGACACAGACCUGCAGUGGUAGAUGGGACACUAUGCUAUGUGGGCCGCAGUGAUAUCUGUGUGGACGGGGUCUGCAGGCUACCAAGCCAGGGUGAGUUUAUGGGCCUGGAUGAUGUUCGGCACCCUGAAGUUGCCCCUGCUCCUGUCGCUGUUGCUCCACACCCAACAGAGAGGGUUACCUACGCCUAUACCUCCGGUGUGUAUGGUCAGUGCUCCGCCACUUGCAAUGGAGGAAUGAGGUAUCGCAGUGUGCAGUGUAUUGCUCAGGACACAGGGGCCUCCCGUGUGGUGGAUGAGUCUUACUGCAUUUCCCAGCGCCUGCAGAGACCAGCGAGCCAGCAGGCCUGUAACAUGCAACCAUGUGUUGUCGAGUACAGUGUCUCCAGCUUCAGUGUGUGCUCAGUGACUUGUGGGGAAGGCCAGCAAACGAGGGAGGUGUUCUGUGUUGGUUCUGGAGGAGAGCGUCUGGCUGACCAUGCCUGUAGCGGUCUGGCUCGGCCCCCUGCUGUUCAGGCCUGCCGCAGGCCUGCCUGUCACACACAAAUUACCUGGCAUGCGAGCGAUUACGGCCUGUGCACUAGGAGCUGUGGUGGUGGGGUAAGGGAGAGGAGGGUGGGGUGCUUCGACACCAACCUGAACCCCUACACAGAGGACAGGUGUGGACCCACGAGUAGGCCCGCUGCCGUGGAGGCAUGCAACACCCAGCCUUGCCCCGGAGCACAAAUGGUCCCAAGUGUCCAGGACCCAAGAGGCCAUGAAAGCACCAUGAGAGGAUUUAUGCCCCAUGUUCCAGGACAGCCUUCAGCUCCCGGACCACACACAAAUGUCCCUUAUGACCCCUACCAGUCUGUGAUUGGUCCUUACUGCGCACAGUCAUACUACGGCUGCUGUCCCGAUGGCUUCACCUCUGCCACCGGGCCCAGGAAUGCAGGUUGCACAGAAAACGACUGCGUUCGUACCAGAUACGGUUGCUGUUUGGAUGGGGUGACUCCAGCUCAAGGAUUUGGCCGGUCAGGGUGUCCCGAACAACAAACAACUCUAUACCCAGCCUCAUCUGCCCCUCCUCCCGCUGGUGAUGUGUGCUCCUUGCCACGUGAUGCGGGUCCCUGUGAUACCUGGUUGGUUCGUUUCUACUAUGAUUCAGGCUCUGGAAAAUGUACCGAGUUCUGGUAUGGCAGUUGCCAGGGUAAUGCCAAUAACUUUGUCUCCAUGGAGGCAUGCAAGACCAAGUGCGGGGGUUCAGCGCGGGCGACUACACGUACAGCCCCCUCACGAGUGACUCCAAGGAGGGGGUCACCUGGAAGAGCUGUGAGGGUCAGGGCAUAAGAACGCUCACUGCUUCACCCAGAACACGGGAUGAGUCCGAGUGCCUGCUCCCAGAAGCUGAUUGCAUGACAUCUGUAUACUCGCACAACAAACACACACAACAUCUACACACGCACAUCCAGCCAAAACAACAAUGAAAGCAUUAGACCACCAAAACUGAUGCUGAAUUUGAAUAAAACUGCAUAAAUAAACCAGCCUUCAUCAUCAACAUUUUCUCUUUUAAGUUGCUCUUAUUUUUUUUAUUUUUUUUAUGGCCAAGCCAUGCUUUGUUCUUUAAAUGUUUUACUUCAGUUACCAUCUGGACUUUUGUCGGUGUUGUUCUGAGUCAUCCAGUGUAAACAUUUGUGUACGAUCCCUUCCUGGCCAGGACACGUGUUC